AUGGUCUUCUUUAUCUAUACCUUGUUAUGUAUACAAGGAAUGUAAAGAUGUAACUAGCAAUGCACCCUGGGAAAUCUCAGUGAAAUGUGAUAGGCUUCCUUAUGGUGUGUUAAAUUUGUACAAUUAAAAACUAUUUAAUCUCUUUGGCCAAAAGUGUUGUGUUGUGUCAAUACCAGUAUCACCAAGUAGUGUCAUCAACCAUUUAUAUUUUGGACAGGAAAUAACUUGAUUAAACUGGGUGAAAUACAAAUUUUGAAAAUUUUCACAGUUUCACAAAAGUAUAGGUGCAGCUAGAAUGUUUCUUAUUUAUUUGUGUUGAUUUCCAUCGAUAUUUUGUGUAAAAAUAAAACAUCAAAUGAUAGAAGUGGCGAUGUCAACCAAUACAGACUCUUUCAAAGAGAAAAUAAAUUCACCAACAUCGCCGAAAUCAACAAAGAUUCCUGUAAGUAAAGUGUUUUACGACAAGCAAAUAGUUUCUGUGAGAGGUUUCAAAUUUCCUCCGGAUCCAAACGAGAACAAAGUGAAAAAGAAAGAAAGUAAAGAAACUGCGGUAAACGAAGAAAUAAUUCUGAAAGUGCCGAACAAAAGCGAACCUACCUCCUCGACAGUCAUUUUCAGUCCAGUCUACAAAGAAAGUACCGAAGACAAAAAACCUCCAGGUAUUAUUUCAAAGUACUCAAAAAAACUUUCAAAAACCGCAUCGAAACUUAGAAAGAAGAUUAAAGCGAAAUGUUCCAUUUACUAUUUUGGGAAUCACAAAAAGUCGCCGUUUCAUGUAAAAAUGAUAUCGACUUCAGUGCAAUAUAGAUCUCUAACGUCAGGGAAGGUGAUGAAGAGAAAGGAGCAAUCCAUCCGGCACAUAUGGAUGCCCGUAGAGUCCCUGUCAUCUUUGGAUGAUGAUAAGGAAUGGCCACCAUUCAUGAAGGGGAACAUGGAAAAUGGAUUGAAAUUAAAAAAUGGACUCGUACCCCCAAAAGAGAACACACCACUCGUGUUCCUCAGCGAUCGUAAACUGCCACUUACGCAGAAACUGGCAUAUGGACUCGGACAUUUCCACAACGACAUAUGUGCGGCGAUAUGGUUCACUUACGCACUUAUAUUCAUGCAGCUGGUUGCAGAACUGGGACCUGUGUAUGCUGGCUUUUUACUAUUCAUAGGGCAAGCUGUGGAUGCUGCAUCCACCCCUCUGGCGGGCUACCUGUUGGAUCGAACUGUCAACAGGAAACGAUGGCAUUUAAUAGGAAGCCUUCUGGUACUGUUCAGUUUCCCGCUGAUCUUCACGACGCCAGCGCAGAUCGUGGAUGGUCCAGUGUGGACGCAAAUGGUCUACUUCAGCAUCUCCAUAUCUGUGUUCCAGGUAGGAUGGGCUGUGGUUCAGAUUGCUCAUCUCUCUCUACUACCCGAACUUACGACACUGACUGAGGAGCGAGCUCAACUUACGGCACACAGGUACACAGCAUCAAUGGCUGCUCACAUUCUAGUGUACUUUGUUGCUUGGGCGUUCCUCAGCUCCUCUCACGGCAUGAACAUGAAACUCAUCGGACCAGAAGAUUCUUGGAGGUUUCUGGACUUGGCUGUCCUCACUUCUAUCCUCGGGAUCGGAGGAACGAUCAUAUUCCACACGUCGCUCAAGAACUACGCUCACGCCCCGCGGUUGCCAAGGAAACAGGAGAUGUUGGCGUUGAAGGCCAAGUCUAUAGAGUUUUUCAAGUCACCGCACCUCUACAGUGUGGCGAUCAUUUACACGUCCAGUCGUCUCUUCAUGACGCUCAGUCUCGUCUACAUUCCGCUGUUUAUCAACGAGACUAUCCUCUCACAAGUCGGAGCUCUCGCUACUGUACCCCUCGCUUCAUUUUUGGUGUCUGCGUUUGCUGCACUCAUAGUCAAGCUCUGCAGUGAAAACUGUGGUGGACUUAGGAUCACAUAUUUCAUCGGCAGUGCUUUCUGUCUACUAGGCUGUGUCCUAGUACAUUUCAGCUACGCCAAGACGGACGAUACAACCAAAGUGUUUGGAGUGGCCAUACUAUUUGGCGCAGGUAGCUCUAUCACAAUGGUUGUCAGUCUGUGUGUCACAGCCAACCUGAUCGGACCAGACACGGAGUGUGGUGCUCUCGUCUACAGUGUCGUCACAACGGCCGACAAACUGCUCAACGGACUCGCUGUCAUCAUCAUAGAGGAGAUGAAAUGUGAUCGGGUGGAAGAUUGUCCUUACUACUACGGAGGAGUUUUGUCUUACGUCAACGCCGCAGUUGUGUUCUGCGGACUAUCAGUCCUCUUUACUCUGCCAACUAAGCUUUUUGCCGCCACCAACUCAGAUUGAACUUCAACACGACAGAAACUGCCGUCUCUGAUAUGUCUACAUCCAACCAUUCUGCACUCACUGCCGCUCCAAUGUUUUCAUUUUGCAUUAAACAGUUUAUACAAUUUU